GAGAGAGACAGAGAGAAACAGAGGUGGCGGGGGGAAACAGCUGCAAGCGGAUACUCAACAUCAACAAGCUGUAUAAGGCAUCUGUAAGCAAGAAGAAGGGAUUUGGCGAAGAGAGCGAGGGGGUUCCUUACGUCUCCCCCCCCCCCCUCCUCUGCUUUCUGGUUUCAAUAACAGAGGCGUGGAGCUCACAAGACUAUCCUACAAGUGGUGAAGCGAUGGUUUAGCGGAGCAUUUUGGUAGAUUUUCUUACAGCACGACCGCCGAACGACUCUGUAAUUCCAAGCAGCGAUCCCCCUCGAACAUCUGUGGACGCUAUCCCGGAGGGAGAUGGCUGUUUUCCGACUGUCACUACUGCUGCAAGUGGGAUUUGUGAUCGGAUCAAACCACGAAUACGCCGAAUGGUCCGCGCAUGGGAAAGAUUUCAGAGCACAGGAGGCGAUUUACGGUGCUCAUACGCACCGUCGGCAGCUGGCGCAUCUCCGUGCGCCUCAUCAUCCUCCCGGGGUGACGGCGGAGCUGCCGCAGACAAUUGAGGAGGAUCUCCCCAGGGUGGUCACGGCUUUUCUUCACACGGGGGACUCGACCACCUUAAAGCACGCCAACUGCUCGCGGAGAUACGAGCUCACCUCUCUGCGGGGAAGGUCACAAGCCAAUCCGCAUUACUCCAUGAGCAGCGUGCUGGAUACGGUGCUGCACGCCACAAACUUCCUCAACAUGAUCUUGCAAGCCAACAGGUCCAGGGAGCAGAGUCUCCGGCGAGACAUUGAGUGGUAUCAUGCCUUAGUCAGGAGUAUACUGGAGGGAGAUGCCAAGAUUCACCGGGCGAUCGUCACUUUUAGCGCGGAUUCGUCCGUGUCAGGCCCCUCGAUGCUUCUUCAAGCCACCAGGGCCGGUGGAGAGAUAGUCCUCCAAGACCUCUCCAGCAUGGCCCACCAACAUCUACACAACCGCACAGCAGACACAGAGUGGUACCAUGAUGUCAAAGACAGGAAGAAGCCCAGUUUUCAUAAGAGGGUGCUGAGCCAAGACUUUAGAUCAGUUGACAAUUCUUUAAAAAGGGGAGAAAGUUUUAUCCCGGACAAGACGCACGUCAAAUGGUCUGCGCCCUACCUGGAGUGUGAAAAUGGGAAUUUUGUGCCCCGUUGGCUUUUGACCUUAUCAGCUGCUUUCUAUGGCCUGAAGCCCAACCUGGCUCCUGAAUUCAGGGGCGUGGUGCGCGUUGACAUUAAUCUACAGGAUGUUGAUAUCGACCAGUGCUCCACUGAUGGCUGGUUUGCUGGAACCCAUCGAUGCAAUAGGACCACUAUGGAGUGUUCGCCAAUCCACGGUCAUGGAUUUGUCUUGGACAAAUACAAGUGUCACUGCAAGAGAGGAUUCUACCACCCCAACAGAGUAUCUGUCAAUGGCUUUACAAAGAUGGGGAGAAAGGGAAAAGCUGCAGAAAGUGGUCCCAAUGCUGACGAGGGGUCGUCCAAUGACUGCCUGCCAUGCCAGCAGGGCUGCGCCUACUGCAAGGACGACACCCCGUGCGUGGCCCGAGAGGACGGCGCUCUUCGCAUGGCCGUGCUCUCCUUCCAGUGCCUCUGCUUGCUGAUUGUCUUCAUUAGCAUGGUACUCAUCUACCACUUUCGCAGGAAUAAGAGUAUCAGAGCAUCAGGUCUGGUCCUACUGGAGGCCAUCCUGUGUGGAGCUGUGCUUCUCUACUUUCCGGUUGGGAUUCUCUAUUUCCAGCCGAGUGUUUUCCGUUGCAUCCUGCUGCGUUGGGUUCGACUGCUUGGUUUUGCUACCGUCUAUGGGACACUGACUCUUAAGUUGUACAGGGUGUUAAAGGUGUUCCUGUCCCGCACAGCCCAGAGAAUCCCCUAUAUGACCAGCUGGCGCGUGCUGCGUCUACUGGGCAUCAUCCUCCUCAUCGUCUGCUGGUUCCUGGUGGCUUGGACAUCUGCUGUCUGUCAGAAUCCGGACAGGAAGUUGGCUCUCAUCGACGUGGGCUACACGCCCGAUGGGCUGCAGUUCAGCAUGUGCCUGCUGGAUCGUUGGGACUACAUGAUGGCUGUCGCUGAGUUCCUCUUCCUGCUGUGGUCAGUGUACCUGUGUUAUGCUGUGAGGACGGUGCCCUCGGCCUUCCACGAGCCUCGCUACAUGGCCAUUGCUGUUCACAACGAACUUGUCCUGUCAGCGAUAUUUUAUGUCAUCAGGUUCACUCUUGCUCCAGAGCUUCAUCCAGACUGGAUGCUGCUACUCUUCUUCACCCACACCCAUUUAACUGUGACAGUAACAAUGGGUCUGCUACUCGUCCCUAAGUUUCUGUUUGCUGGCACCCACAUGAGAGAUGACAUAGCCUCUGAAGCCUAUGAGGAUGAGCUGGACAUGGGUCGUUCUGGGUCAUAUCUCAAUAGCAGCAUCACAUCAGCGUGGAGUGAGCACAGUCUGGAUCCUGAAGACAUUCGGGAGGAGCUGAAGAAACUCUACUCCCAGUUGGAGAUUUACAAGAGGAAGAAGAUGCUGGCAAACAACCCUCAUCUCCAGAAGAAGCGGAGCUCCAAGAAAGGUUUAGGUCGGUCCCUGAUGAGGCGCAUUACUGAGAUUCCAGAAUCAGUGCAUCGGCAGUGCAGCCGUGAAGACAAGGAGGCUGGAGAACAUGGGAACAACCGUAACAGCAUCUGCAUGUUGAAGAAGAACCCCUUUGAUCCAACUCACGCAGGAAAGCCACCGAAAGAGGAGACACUAAAGAACAAGGUUUUUUCUCUCAAGAAGUCCCACAGUAGCUAUGAUCACGUCCGGGACCAGAGCGAAGACUCCAACAGCUCAGCAACAGACAAGAUGGAGGUGAACCCUGCUGAAGGCUCCCUGCUGGAUACACUUAUGGGCAAGAAGUUGGUCAAGAAGUCCAGUGAAAAUAUUAAUGCCCCCAGUGAAUCUACUGAAUCAGUUCCUUUGGUCUGCAAGUCAGCCAGUGCCCAUAACCUCACUGCAGACAAGAAACCAAUUCAUCCUAGAGCCUCCAUGCUACAGAAGUCCCUCAGUGUCAUUGCCAGUGCUAAAGAGAAGACUUUAGGCUUGACAGGAAAGACCCAGAGCACGGAGGACAGCAAUAAGAAGAGUCAGCCAAAGAGCAAAGACACAAGGGCCAAUGCAGAGCUGGAAAAUGAGUGUCAACCCAAGAUGAUUAUUAGCCAAUCGGUUGAGUACAAACAGAGUGUGGCAAAAGGCAGGAUUAUGAAACAAGCAGUGGGUGGUAGCCAGCCUACAAUCUGUUCUGAUCCAGUCAAGGGAAAGGACCUUUACGAUCUCUCUGAAGUGUGUCCUUGGGAAGUGGAGGAUCUUCCAACUCCAUCUGAAAACAAGGUCCAAAAGCAUGUAUCCAUAGCACCAAAAGAAACUACAACAGUUCAUGGAGGUAGCACCAAGGGAGGCAAAUCUCAGCAGCAUAAGCAAAAAGCUUCUGAUCAGUCUCCAUCCAGUGGCAGGCAUUCAAAGGAAAUUCAGAAGACAACUGUCGUACGAUCUGAGGUAUGUCCGUGGGAAGAUGAAAGUGAAAGUCAAGGUAGUCAAGAAGAAGGGCCGAAGCAACAGAUACACAGUCAGGCGAGCAAACCUACCAAGACCCAGCAGCCUCAUUCUAUGACAGAGAGCACUAAAACAAAUCUGGUAGAGGUUUGUCCUUGGGACUUUGAAGAGGCCCAAAAGACAACAGAGUUAGCUCAUUCACCAGAUAUGAUCAAACAAAGCAAAGGCAUCUCUCCUGUGGAUGGGAGAGCGAGAAGUACCCUUUCAGAUUCAUCCAAAAUAGGAGGCUCACUCCAACUACCAUCUACAAAAGCUGAUGUAUGUCCCUGGGACUACGACAGCAAUGUCACAUCUCCAAAUUCUGGACAGAGGACACCUAGUCCCUCUCGAGCAUCCAAAACCAAGGAAUCCCCUUCAAGAAAGAAGGUUAUCUCUUCCACAAGAACAGUUGAGAAAGAGAAAUCAAAAGAUACUGAUGAUGAGAAAAACAGAACAAAAGCUAAGGACAAGAGUAAAUCUUCAGAGAAACACAUGAGCCAACAAAAAAUGGCUGAGGUAUGCCCAUGGGACGUAGAGAGUCAUCAGGAAGUGCCGGUGGUAGAAAAAAGGAAAAGCGCAAAUGUUGGAGCAGCCAAACCAAAGCAGGCUGAAGUCUGUCCGUGGGAUUUUGAGGAUACUUCAGAUAUAAAAGGUACAGACAAAAGUGCUUCUGUGGUGAAACAGAGCAAUCCAAAUCCUAAAGGCGGGGUUGUAAGUGCUGUUAUAAAGGCAGAUGUUUGCCCCUGGGACUUUGAGGAUAGCACAUCAACCAAGAAGGCAUGACACUCAACCUUAAUGGACCACUUAAAUCAUAGUUAUUGAUGUAUACUCUUUUUUUUCCACGUUGAAAUCGUUAAAUAUUACCUUUUACUAUUAGUACGGUGACUUGGAAGAAAAGCUGAUCAAGUUCCACAAGUUGCCUUCCUUUCCAAGGUUUUGUUCCUGUUUUACCUAUUUUGAAAAUAAGUAAAAUGUACAAAAAGUCAAGAUGAGCAUUCCAGAUUAUUACAGGAAUAUCCUGAAGGUAAAUCUUAGACUAAUUAUGCAACAACUUUUAAUUCAGCUUGUUCACUUCAUGAGCAAUGUUGAAGAUCUGUAUUCAGUCAACAGUUCUUACACGGUUCUUUUUGUACAUUAACAUCAUCUCUUAAUGGUUUGGAAUAUGACAACAUGAAGUAUAUAGAAAAAAAAGCAUUGGAAUUAAGGUACAACACUGCAAAAAUGAAAGCCAAAGAAUGAGAAAAAACAUUUGUAGAGAGGGACAUUGGUCUUAAGGUGGUAAACUUCAUUUAUUACUUUGUGUAUAACUAUUAGCACAGAAGGAAUGCCUCAGUGAUGAAAUCAGUCUAUAGCACUUUAACCAACUCCAUAAAUUAGGAACUGAGAACAGAUCAUCUUGUACAUUUUCAACCUGAUGGCGUGAUAUCACACAGGAUACCACACUGACCAAACUUAAACAACGUUUCUCUUUUAGAUCUAUUUAAUUGUAGUUCUUUGCAGACUAAAAUGCUUCCAAGUCUGCAGAGAUGUACUGUAUGUGCCUAACUAACUAGCAUUGUCUUGUAUCAGCCUGAGGUGAAGCAAGUGGCUUCUUCUUCAGCGUUUUGUGACAGUGAAUUAUAUAAAAAAAAGCAUGCACAGCCAGGUAAUUAGAGUAGUUGGACCCAACAGAGCUGUCAACUAAAGCAGUUUAUGUGUUGACAAAUAUGAGUUUUUUGGGGGGUUUUUGGGUUGUUUUUUUUUUAAAUACCAGAGGUACUCCUUUAUUGCAUUUAUAUUUCCAGAAGCUCAUUCAGAGUGGUAAAGAUUAUACAAGAGCAUGGAUGUAUGUCAAAAAAUGUCAUAUAUACACUGUUCAGAAUGGAUAGAAAAUUAUUGGGAAUACUGAAGAAAUAAUUUGCACCAGCUUUGUUUAUGAAUCCAGCAUGGAUGUUUGUGUUGGCUUGCAUCAAGUGUGUGUAGGUGUGUCUGUGGACACAAUGUCAUGUAUUUAAAGUAAAAAUGUAAUGCCAAACCUGAAGAGCUGAGAGUCUCAGACACGAUAAGUCCUGGCAGCCUUUUCUGUCCUUACAUUAUCUCCAUAAAAAAACAACAACUAAAAUUUGAGCAGGUCAGGUUUUACAGUCAACCUGCCGCUUGGUUCUUUUUUUGUUUGUUUGUUUGUUUUUUGAUUUCAGCAAUAAUUACAAUUCAACUUGGACCUAUCAUACUUACAUUUCUAAAUAUGAUAGGUCUUGUGUAACGAGGGGUCAUUAUGACCUGAAAAUCAGACUGAACUGUCAUUUUGUUUGACUUCAUUUAUGUUAUGCUUGACCUAGUCAACUUUUGUUUAGUGGUGAUGGGGUACUCUAACUAAUUAUUAGAUCGAGGUCUGUCUGUCCUUGUCAUUUUUAGUCUAGUUGACAGCAAAGCUGUGGUACAGGUUGCUAGGAGCAGUUAGGUUAACAGUUAUUGCAUUUGAAAUAUGCUAACUCUGUAAAAUAAUUGUUUCAGUUGACUAACAACAACUUGUACAGCUGCCUUGAUCUCAGGCACGGUCUUAUUUAUUGUUCUGUCACCAUUUUCAAUGGAUUUAGAUAUUUUUCUGGCUCUUGCACAGCAAGACGAUGUCACUAUUCUGAGAUAAAAGGUUGAAAUUAGUUGAUUGUUUCUCCACCCGGGGGAAACAGCUGCCAGUGACAAUAAGACCAGACAUCUUGAAUUGCUCAAUAAAUUGUAGAUGCAGGUGGUGAAUCAGAGACAUGUAAACACUCUAGGAUUAUCACUGACAUUUUGGGUACAUUCACUCUUGAUUCUCUUGAUUUUGAUGUGGAAUAAAGUGGUUUAGAUCAUUUUGCUAAACUGUUAGCUUGUUUUGAUCUGUCUGAUGUCACCAGUUAUGUUUUUUGUCUUGUCAGACUUUGUUGUAGGGAGUGUCUACAAAAAGUUUUUGUAAAGCAAAACUAUCAUUUCAAAGAGUAUUAUUACUGCACGGCCAUAAUAAUGAUGUGAGUAGAGCUUAAUAUUUGGAAAUAUUUGGAAAUAUUGUGUUUCUGUAUUGAAAUUUCACAAGCAACAUAAUGCGUGUUCUUCCCGCUUUAAUGCAAAUAGGUUAAAGCCAAACCCAACUGAUUAAUUAAUGUGGUGGUUAUCAAUUAUGAAUCUGACUUAACCUUUGAACAUUUUUGAUUUGUUAACUGUUUUGUAUCAAAAUGUCUGAAUAUUCAUUGUCCACCGUACAUCUUGGGAUAUCAGUAAAAAAAUUCUGCCACUCAUAUUUAGCUGGUGAACACCUGGCAGUAAUUACAGUCUUGAGGAAAACUAUGUAUCAAUAUAGCAUCUGUACUUUAUGGUAUCUUGUGAGAAUUACAUGGUAUCACUGAAUGUUGUCACUGAUUGUAAUUAUCUAUAAUUGCUGUCAGAUUCCUCAAUACCCGAGCUCUGUAGGAGUCUUUACUAAAUGUGGAUAAGAAAAAAAAAGAAAAAACACAGUGCUUGUCAGUGACUUUUACAAAGUCAAAAAAAGAGUUUGUAAAUUGGUAAAUUCCUUUGGCACAGCUCAACUUAAACUAAUCCAGUGACAAAUAUUUGUAGCCUCACUUAUCCCAUUUUAUUUUUAAUGUGUUGUCACGAUUCCACAGCUAGGCACCAUAAACAUGAUUUAGAUGCUACAUCUUCUAGCUGCCUCCACCUACUGAGAAAUUACCUCUGCCACUGACCUGUGGGGGUGCUUUCCUGAAAUAAUUCAAACGUGGAGUAUUUGCCUUACAGCAUGAGAUUCGUCAUCGCCUCUGCUUUAUGAGCUCCUUCAGGGACGGUGUCUGAGAAGAACUGUCAACAUGCAUGGAUUGAUUGUAAUGCUUUGAUGGAUUUGUAUGAUAUUUAUGAACCAGAUGUUAGGUGUCAUCCAUCAUAUGCAUUGUGGUAGUACAUGCAGGAUCAUACCAGGGGACCCCUGACAUGACAACAAUGGCAUUUCAAAAGCCAUUUAUUUAUUUAUUUGGCAAUUUAUUGAAAGUGACUUUAGACUUUGGAAUCACUGCCACAAAGGAUUUUACUGCCCUGGGUGAUGAAUAAUAUGCUGUAUAUUUUUAAAACAAGCUUCUUGUUUUGUUCUUGUAGGAAAAUUAUUUUGAGGAGGUGUGUUUACUUAAUGAAAAUUAUUUUGAAAAAUUACAUGACCAAGUCUGAUUUUGGUAAAAUUGAAUCCAAAAUAACUGAACCAUAACAAGCAAUAUAUUACAACAUUCUCAAUCAAAGAAGGUAUUUUAUUCUGGUGUCAAAGUUAAUUCAUAUUUAUUUAUGCUGAUUGUAAUCUUUUACACACUUGGCCAAUGAGAUUUCCAGAUCAGAGAUAGUUGGAGCACAAAGGAAACAUGAUUAGUUACAUACAGAAAAUAACAACAAUGCAAUAUCCCACAUACAGUACGUACUAUGGAAUACAUCACACUUUCAGUCAGUGUGCUCUGUUGUUUAGUUUGCAUAAUUUCAGAUAGUGUGCUUGCAUUCCUCAGUUCAGUCAGUCCAUAGCUGUCUGUGUAUUAAAUUGUGUAUACAGAACCAGUGUCUUACUGUCUCUUUCUCUGGAGAUUAUCAUUGUAUUUUAGUCGUAUCAUCAAUGAAUCAGUGAAACUUUGAACCUCAGCCAUUUACUUGGGUGUGAAAAUUGAGACCAUUGUUCUUGUACCUCAUCUUGACAUAGACAAUACUGUGUCCUGUAGCUCUUUGUCCACCAGUCAGAUCUUUGCCAUAGUGUGUUCUGUUGGCUUGCAGCUUUUAUUUGACUUCUGUUCUGUUGUGACCAAACCAAGUCACCCGAUGGCAAAUACAACUAACUACUAUGACUACUAUUCAAUGCUGUAACGUCGUAAAUCUUGUGGCUUCUGCAUGAAUUCAAGAAAAAAAUAGGACUGAUGUUUCACUGCCCUUGAUAGAACAAAAAAGAAAAAAGUGAUCUUUUAUGGACUGUUACAAGUUGUAUAGUGAGUGAUACUGUCCCUAACCCACUGUAUUAUGUGCUUGUUAUGACUAUUGCUCUAUGACAAGCUUAUAGCAUCAAUAUAUGGGAAUAUUUGGUAGAUUUAUAUUGUGUUAUAUUGUGAUAGCAUGUACAUAAAAGAUACCUCCUCUGCAAUAAAUAUU